AUUCGUCACCGCCUUGACGGGGAAUGUCGGUUGUGGCAGCGGUCGGGUGCGCACUUGGCUUUAGUGCAGCGCCGCUGACGCCUGAGCGCUGCGGUCCUGCGUGCCGUCCGCUGCUGGUCCGCGCCCACCAUGCUGCGCCGCCUGGGAGCUCUGUGGCCGCGGUCGGGGCCCGUUGAGCUGCUCCAGCGUAGGGGUGCGCCGCCCUUGUGUCGCGGCGUGAGGAUCCCAGCUUUCCCCGCCUGGGCGGCCGCGUCGGUGUCAGCAGCGGGCGAGGGCGACUGGUAUGAGGCCCUGGCCGCAUCGGCGCCCGUGCGCGCAGCGGAGGAAGUGCUGCUGGGCACGCACGCCGCCGUCGGCCUGCCCUGGUGGGGCAGCAUCCUGCUGAGCACCGUGGCCCUGCGCUGCGCGGUCACCCUGCCCCUGGCCGCCUACCAGCACUACAUCCUGGCUAAGGUGGAAAAUUUGCAACCAGAAAUAAAAAGUUUUGCCAAGCACCUUAACCAAGAAGUUAGAGUUUAUGCAAACCAGUUUGGUUGGUCCAAAAGAGUUGCCAGGCUUACAUACCUAAAGAAUAUGAGGAGGCUUGUUUCGGAGCUGUAUGUUCGUGAUAACUGCCAUCCUUUCAAAGCUACUGUGGUGGUCUGGGUCCAGCUUCCAAUGUGGAUCUUCAUAUCUGUUGCCCUCCGCAAUUUCAGCACAGGGGCAUCUUGUUCAGAAGCAGGUUUUUCUGUUCAGGAGCAGUUAGCUGUUGGUGGGAUCCUCUGGUUUCCUGACCUCACUGCGGUGGAUUCCACUUGGAUUCUGCCUGUCUGCGUUGGAGUCGUUAAUUUAUUAAUAGUGGAGAUUUUUGCUCUCCAAAAGACUGGAAUGUCUCGUUUUCAAAUGUACAUUACAAAUUGUGUCCGUGCUGUAUCAGUGUUGAUGAUUCCAGUUGCUGCAACAGUACCUUCAACUAGGCCAGAGAAUACAGCACUUAAAGAAAACCUUGUGCCAAAGUCUGUAUGGAUUCCUAUGUCGUUAACCUUGAAGCAUUGCUUCACUUGUGCUGUACUGGCUGUGCUCCAGCCUCACGGGCCUGUCACAGAACCUGCUGCUGCGUUCUCCUGGAUUUCGCCAGCUGUGCCGGAUCCCACCGACCAAAUCAGACUCAGAUACACCUUAUAAAGACCUCUUUUCUGCCUUUUAUGGCAAGUUCAUUUCAAGAAAACUAUGACAGACAUUUAAAAGGUUAGGGUAGUAUUUAAAUUGCCUGUUUAAACAUCAUGAAAUACAAUGAGUUAAAAUAUAUUUGAUAAUUAAAAUCUUUUAAGUAUUAAAAAUGAAUGUUCAAAUUAUAAAAGAGUAUAAAAAUAAAUCCAAAAUUCCUGUCCCUAUUUAAAAAAUUAAUAGGAUUUGUGCUCAACCACCCCACACAAUAAAGUUUUGUGAAGUAAGAGGA